AUGGGAGCCGACGGAGGAACUAUUCCAAAACGGUGUGAGCUCGUCCAGCAGAAAAAAAAGAAGGAGAAACUCGACAAGCACGUCAAAAAUGCGACAAAAUGGAGGAAUUGUCAAUUAACCCAACUCCCACUCAAAAAACCAGUGAUCGCGUGUCGUUUUGGAAAGCUUUACAACAAAGAGGAUGUUAUCAAUGCCAUUUUGAGCAAAACCAUUUCCAAGUCAGCAGCUGCUUCUCAUAUCAAAGGACCACGAGACUUUGUUGAAUUGAAGCUCACUGACAACAAAGAUUUCAAAAAAGGAGAUGUAAAAGGAGACGAUUAUAAUGAUGUGAAUCAGACCGAAUUUAUUUGUCCAAUCACAAAUGUUCCGAUGAACGGCAUUCAAAGUUUUCUUGUCAAUUGGCAAUGUGGUUGUGUUUAUUCAGAGAAGGCACAACAAGAAGUUAAAUCAGCUAAUUGUCAUGUUUGUGGUGGACCAUAUGAUGCUACAAAAAUGGUCAUUUUAAAUCCAGAACCAGAACAAUUGGAACUGUAUAAAUUGAAAUGGGAAGCUGAAAAAGCAGAGAAGGCGGCUGCGAAAAAAGACAAAGCAAAGAAAACUGCAGAAAAAAUGGAAGCAGCUGCUGGAUAUAGUGGAUUGACAUCAUCAGACCAACCAUCAAAUUCAUCCGCUCCUGGAACAAGCGGAAUGACAGGAAUCGGGAAAAAUGUUGACAUCAAACGAAAGUUGGAAAUCGCCAAGCUCGCCGGAUCAUCAUCGUCGUCAUCAUCCGAUAAAAAAGCAGAAAAACGAAAAGCCACAUCCGAUAUUCAAUCAGAUCCAACCAAGUCAGACACCUACAAAAAACUGUUUACAACAUGCGAAGCUGCGAAAAAUAAGACAGAAGGACAUUGGGUCACAUACAAUCCUCUCUACUAUUAA